AUGCUUGUUGUGCAGGUGCUGCUGGCUGCUGGCUGGCGGCAGUGGCAGUUUACGACCGGUUCCAGCGGUGAGAACCGUUCGACACCAACCUGGACCGUGGAAAAGUCCCUGCGUCAAGGUUUAAUUGCCUAUGCAAAGGGUUUGGACCGGGCACUUGGCAUGACUGCGUAUCAUGAUGAGCCCGAAGUUCUGAAGGUGCUACUUGACCAUGGCGCUAAGGUUACCGAAGUCGCCGUCCUGGGUGCUUCGAACUCAGAGAAUGUUCCGAUGCUGCAGCACUUACUAGACCAUGGCCGGGAUGUCAAUUCACUAGCAUCACAGAGCCCAGCCCUGAGGCUGGUUGUCUCGAACGAAGAAUGUACGCGCUUUCUCUUGGAGAAUGGCGCCGACCCGAACCUCCCUGGAUGA